AUCGGCUCAACACGUGCGCCGUGGCGGUGCGGUUCAGUUAAAUAAAUAUUAAUACAGGAUGCAAAACGGCGGAGGACAUUCCCGCUGGGAGAACUCGUCAGGAGGACACCGGCACCACUUCUUUGCCGAGGGGUACAGCCAGCAGCAGAGGCGCAGCGGCGGUGGCGGAGGAGGAAACCAGAGCCAGAGCAAUAGCAAUUGGCUGGACAGAGGAGCAGGUGGCCAUAAUGGGAACGCUUUCAAUAAGUUCAGGGAUCCCCAACAGCCACCGAACAAUCAGCAGCAGCAAGGCAGGAGAAGUGGCAGAAGAAACAAAGGAGACGAAGGUGGUGGUGGAGGAGAAGGCGGCGGUGGUGGUCGAAGAGGCGGCGGAGGAGGUGGCGGCGGACGACGAGGCGGUGGUGGUGGACGAAGAGGCGGAGGAGGUGGGGUAGGAGGAGUCAAGGGCAAGAGGGGAAACCACGACAGGGGCGGUGCACGCAACAAGUCAUGGCACGGUAAGGACUCGCAUGUUAGUCCUCCUCAACAUGACAUGCUGUACUAUGAUAACGUGGGCGCCUUUACAGACGAUCGCCCUCUUCCUAGCACCUCUCCUGCGCCCUCGUCUCUCAGACAGGAGAGCCUGCCACCUGCCAGCUUCACUGCCAAUCAAACGCCUCCACCUGAACCAGCACCUGCGGUCCCGAUUCCGCCAGAGGAACCCACCGUGCCGAUUAUCAACAUCAAGAAGGAGAAUGACCUGCUGAAGCCCAAGCCACAAAGGAAACCGGUGGUCAAACCGGAACCCAAAUCUCCUCCAAAAAAGAAGGAGAGCUCUUCUAGUUCUUCGAGCAGUUCGGAGGACGAGUCCGAACCCGAACCAGGCGAAAUGGUGGGCAGCACUAAGGCCGCAGUCGUGACAUCGUCGGAAAAAUCAAAGACUAGCAAGGCGGUCGUGGCAUCCACACCAAAACCGAAGACUGUGGAAUCCAGCUCCGACUCCAGCUCCGAUUCCGAAGACGAACACAGUCGGCCACCGGUCAAGAGUAAAAAGGCGCCGAAGGAAAUAAAGGCGGAGGAGGACGUGGUCUGCAUGGGUUCUCAGGAGCGGAUGUUUACCAUUACUGAUGAGGAAGAGAGCAGUGAGCCGGAAGAGGAAGAGGACAAGAAGGCAGGAAAAAGAAAUAACACGAGCAAAACCGUCGAUGUGUGUGGAAUCUGCGAUAAGAAGGGCCACACCUCCUUCCAUUGCCAGAUGAUAUGUCGGAACUGCUCCGGAAGGUAUCAUGGCCUCAAGAACUGCCCGAAUCCACCCAACCUGAACAUUGCCAUGCAGUCAUUCAUGGAGUUCGUCAUGCAGCAGAUGACCGUCUUCCAUAGCGACCAGCGAUUUGCCUUUCCCGCUGGCACUGUCGCAGCUCCGGUUCCCGAGCGAGCUCCGGUCAAGGCCAAAAAGGACAAAUCUACCAAGAAGGUCAAGAAGACUCCGCAAAAACGGAUGAAGGUGGAGGCGAAAGAUCCAGACGAGGACGAAGACUCAUCAUCGGCAGCGACCGGGGCCAGUAGCGAGAGCGAGGAGUUAGAGUCCAGCGACGAGCCGCAACCAGCACCUGUGUCCAAACAGAAGCGGAAGCGCGGCUCAAAGGCCCCCGCCGCAGCUAGUCUGGCACCUCCAGUGUUCCCAUUUCCCUUAUUGGGCGCUCCGGGCGCCCCUUACAACUCUAUGAUGUAUCCCUAUGGGACGCCUUUCAAUUUUCCCAAAUAAGUACCCCCUAAGUUUAUUGUAGAUGAUCGUACAAACAUUAGUUAGUUUGUUAACAAAAUGUUGGACUGUAAAACACAAAAAAGCAACCGUUUUUUAUUUUAAAAUUGAGAAUAAUUAUAAGUGCAACUGUAAUGCA